AUGUUGGGAAGAAUUCAGACUCGAGAUAAUCUGCUCAAGAGACGCGUUUUAAAUACUGCUGCUGAAGCUCUUUGUCCAUUAUGCGGGUUGGAGGAGGAGACAUGCUCGCAUCUGCUCUUUUCAUGUCGUUAUGCAUUGCAGGUAUGGUAUGAAUGCUAUGCUUGGCUGGGUAUUUCUACAGCUCAGAUUCCAUUACUAGAGGUACAUAUACUGCAAUUUGCUUCCACAGGAGGUAGUAAAGGACAAAAACUAGGUGAAAUUGCAAUCUGGUUGGCAAUUAUUUGGUCCAUGUGGGGACUGCGGAAUAGGGUAAUUUUUAAAGGGGGUGAGGUGGAUACAGCUCAAAUGUUGGAGCAGAUUCAACUUAAGUCAUGGCAAUGGUUAACAGCUCGAUUGGUUGAUUUUUCUUACUCUUGGUUUGAGUGA